AUGUUCGAGUUUGAAAGGCCCAGCUUUGAUGCCAACAUUUCGGGCACGGCCGAGACGAGAGCUAUGUUCUGGGAAAGAAUGCGGACAGUGCCACACCCCUGCUGGCCUACUCAUCCGGUCCAACACAGGGACCUGACUUUCGCGAUACCGGUGUCAGUGCAUGGAGAUGAGGUUCCGAUAAGCGGCAUCGGAAAACAGUGGGCGAAAAAGAUGCUGAAUGUUUCCUGGUCAAGCCUCACUGGAAACAAAAGCACGAAAAGCAGCCAGUACUGGUCCUUCGCCUUGAUCGAGAAGACUGGCAUUGCACAGGGACCCCGAAAGACAGUGACGAUGAUGUGGAAGAUACUGGCAUGGUCGCUUCGUGCAUUAUGGUCUGGGUACUGGCCCACGACGGACUAUGAGGGCAGGGAGCGACGAGUUGGCAUGAAGUUUCCGACCGGUACUUUGCAAGCUUGCAAAGCUGGCCAGCCACUUGCAAAAGGCUUUUUUGGCGUUUGCUGGGCAGUGCUGGGCGACUUGGACUACUAUGUUGCGGGUUUAAACCUGCCCUCUUACAACAAUUCAAACAUGCCCUGCAGCCUUUGUCGCUGCUCGUUGUCUGGGCCAGCGACUUGGUCCAACUUUACAGCUGGGGCCCCGUGGCGAGCAACCAUGUGGACCCCCGAGACAUGGCAUGCCUGGGAAGGCAAGUCAACCAACCCCCUCUUCCAGGAGGUUCCUGGAAUGAGUGUGCUGCAGGUUUGUUGCGAUUACAUGCACAGUAAGUACCUUGGGACGGACAUGGUGCAGUUCGGAAGCAUUCUGAUGAUACUUUGCUUUGAGCUGAUGCAUCGCACGCCGGAGGACAACUUGAUGUCAUGUUGGAGACAUAUCCGUGAGUAUUACAGGAUUCACAACACCCCUGUCCGGUUCAGGUCCAUGACUCGGUUGACAAUGUUCGUGCGAAAAAGUGGGGGGCCGAAACUAAGAGGCAAGGCGGCAGAGAUCCGGCAUUUUGCCGAGGUCUUGCUGUCACUGUGGCAAAGCCAGUGCGACAACACACAGCUGCUGCAUCGAAAAAUAACAUUGUUGCUGAAGAAGAAUGUCAUGAUGGAACGGCUGAUGACAGAACACCGCGACAAACUCUUUUUCGAGGACGACGAGGCUCGAGCAUUCGAAGAGGCAUGCUCCGACAUGUUGCUGUUGCAUGCCGAUCUUGCGAAGUGCUAUGCUGGUUUGGGCAAACAAUACUUUUCCUUGACGAGCAAGACACACAUGUUACAACAUGCUGCCCUUCUGAGCAAAUGCCUGAGUCCUCGCUUGGUUUGGUGUUUCGUCGGGGAAGAUUUUCAACAGAAAGCUCAAAGGCUUGCCUCCAUGAGUUUGAAAGGCAACACAGGAGUGUAUGCUGUGAACAAGAUGUUUCGGCAUUACAGGCUCGGUCUGAGCCUUCUAUUUGAUGCUGCAUCGUGA